GGCUGCCCGCGGGUCUAGCUUGGAUCGAUACCAGACACACACCGAAGCCGAGAUCCAGGCCAGGCCAAGCACGCCGCCGCCGGCAGUCGAAAAUAACAUUCCCCUAGCCGCACCGAGACAUGGCCACUCCGACGGCAGCCGCCGACACCGCCGCCGCCCCGCUGACUCCAGUUGCCCCGGAGCCCGCGGCGAAGGUCUCUCCUGCCCCUUCUGAUAUGGCUGCUCCGACCGCAGCAGCCGACACCUCCGCCCCGCCGCCGCCUGCUCCAGCCCCUCCAACCGCAGCCGCCGACACCACCGCGCCGCCGCCGCCAGCUCCAGCCCCUCCGACCUCAGCAGCCGACACCGCCGCUCCGCCACCUCCUCCUCCAACAACAACGACGGAGCCUGCGGCAAAGGUCUCUCAUAGUCCUUACCACAUGGCCGCCCCGACGGCAACCGCCGAGACCGUCGGUCGGCCAAUUCCUCAUCCUCCAGCCCCGGAAAUCGCGGCCAAGGUCUCCCAUUUCCCCCCUCCUUUUCCUCCUCAGCCCGAUGCGCCGGCGCCGAAAAGGCGGAAGCUGGAGGAGGCGGGGUUCCACACCUCCGCCUACUACAAGAUCCGGGCCGCCGUUGCCGACCUCCGCCUCCGCUUCGUCCAGGUUCACGAAGCUACUGAUUUCCGAAAGAGUGAUGCUGCUCGAGAGAUUCUGAGAGAGAUAAAGACAGUUUUGGAACUCUCCAAGAAAAUGAGGCUUGAUCUCGGUGUCUCUUCUGAAUCCAUGAAACCGUCAGAGAAGCCUUUAGCUGGAGCUGUGAAGGACGAGCCCACAGAGCCAGUUCCAUCUGGAGAAAGAAAUCAAGUUCCUCCGACAGGUCAGCCUGCAGUUCCUCCUAAUAUUGCAAAUGAUGGUGCACCGGCCACCCAAGCCUGAUAAGUGAUAACUCAGCGAGUGCAGCAGAGAAAAUACCAGAGGGGAAGGGAACCCUAAGCAGUGAGAUGGCAAAUCACCCAAAGCACCUCGUGAAAACAGUGCAAGGGUCUUAUGUGGUUGGUGGAUCUCCUGUUGGCUGGAAUUUUCUUGUUUGGCUUGGUGGUAAAAUAAUGUAUUAUGGGGUUGCCAAAGAGGUGUUUCGGACGCGCCAAGCUGCAAAUUGAGAUGUUCCCUUCAAAUUGAAACUUUCUGAUUUGUAAUGUACUCCCUCCGUAAACUAAUAUAAGAGCGUUUAGAUUACUAUUUUAGUUAUCUAGACACUCUUAUAUUAGUUUACAGAGGAAGUACUCUUUAAAUUGAUGGGAGUUACUACCUCCGUUCUGGUUUAUAGGUCCCCUUUGUAGUUUGUGCCAAAUUUUGACUAAAGAUUUAACUAAUAAAAUAUUAAUGCAUGUCAAGAAAAAUUAUCUUAUUGGAUUCGUAUUUGAACAUAGUUUUUAAAAAUAUAAUGUUUUGUGACAUGCGUGAACAUUUUAUUAGUUUAAUCUAUGGUCAAAAUUUGGUACGAAAUACAAUGGGGAUCAAUAAACCCGGACGGAAGUAGUAUGAUUUAGUUUUAACAUCCUUAUCCUUAAGUUCA